AUGGCUACAUAUCAACCUAACAACUUUUCCUAUCCACGUUUCCCUCCUCCGCCACCAUCACAACCCCUCAAUCCUCCUCCACCACCACCUUCACAUUCCUUCACCCCUCCUCCACCCCCUCAUCCUCUUUCUCCUCCUCCACCUUUUCGAUCGCCGCCGCCACCGUCACCUCGUCCAUUUUCUCCUCCACCCCCGAAGGUGCGGCCACCACCGCCACCUCGUCCCGUUCGUCCUUCUCCACCGCCACCACCUCGUCCUGUUCGUCCUCCUCCCCUUCCCCCUGCCCCUCUUCCACCUUCACCCUCUCCAAACAACCCCACAAUCAUAAUAGUCGUGGUUGUCUCAUUGGGUGGCCUCUUGUUGCUCUCCACGCUCGCUUUCGCUCUAUUCUGCUGCGUUCAGAAGAGGAAGAAGAAGAAGACGCAGGAAACCGAGGUCAUUCACUUUGAUGAGCACAAGAAAGUAAAGGAAACGAUCGUACCUGGUCCUUUUGGACGCAAUACAGUGGUGGUAACUGUUGAAGAUGAGGUGCAUGUCGACGAAGAAAUCAAGAAGAAUGAGAAAGUUGGUCACGGUUUGCAUGCCAAGUCAUCUUCUUCACCUGAAGCAGAUCAAGGUACUUCUAGUAGCAUUGUUGAGGUGGCAACUACUCCUCCUGCACCUGGACAUCAUGAUGAUGAUCAUCAUUAUCAGCUUGAAAACAAGCCAUGA